UUUUGAAUAAAAUGUAAACAGGAUCAAAAUUAAUUUUUUGCGCAAUUAGUAAAUGUUUUGUCGUUUAUUUGGAUAAAUACAGUGAGAAGACAAGUGAAUAUUGUUUAUGAGGUAACAAAUGAGUUUGCUGAGAUCCAAGCGUUCUUUAUGUAAAUUGUACAUCAGAAGUUGGGAUGACAAGAUUGAAACUUAAGCAGGUUCAACUGUAAUAUUUAACUACUAAGGGGGAUAACUCUACAAGAGCCAGUUAACUACUAAGGGGGAUAACUCUACAUACAGGUGCCAGUUAAAACAAACAUUUUAGGAGGAUAUAGUAUUUAGAACAGAUAUUUAAAACUACAAUGUUGUCAUCAUGCUGUAGAUAUUUCCCAAGUAUUUGUCAGUGCUCAAGAACUAUUUGUAGUUUAAAAUUGUUGUCUGGUGAAAGGGACAACAGGUUCUUAAAACAUCCUCAACACACCAUAAUGAGGCACUACGGAACUCCUCUUACUGACCCAGAAAAUAAAGGAGGUCAACAGCGAGGCGUGAACUUUGACACGUUGGGGUCAUGGAAUAAUAGAUUAGAUAUGCCAAUUAUGAUGAACGAGAGUAUUAAAAGAGGAAAUUUGAUUCCUGAAAUUCCAUUUGAACAUGUCGGCAUUGAUUCACUUCUUGGACGUAGAAAAGUAAAUGAAGACAGAUAUUUUAUGGAGAAGAUAUCCCCUACAUUGCUGUGUUUUGCUGUAUUUGAUGGACAUGGAGGAUCUGUCGUAUCAGAUUUUGUAUCCAAGGUGUUAACUGAUCAUAUCAAGUUUUGGUUGCUAAGGGAGACAGAUUUAUGUACGGUUCUCAGACAGGCCUUUAUAGAUGUCAACAACAUGCUUGCCAGGCACUCAUAUUUCUACUCUCUUGAUACAAAAGAGUUUCAGGCUGGAACCACAGCGACAGUCUGUCUCCUUAGAGAUGGCAUUGAACUAGCUAUUGGACAUGUUGGUGAUAGUAGAGCUAUUUUAUGUCGUGAAGGACUAGCUCUUCGACUGAGUGAGGACCAUGUUCCUGAAAAUCAUCGAGAGAAAGACCGUGUGCAUCAAUGGGGUGGCAUCAUCAGCCACAAUAGCCAAGGAGUGUGGCAAGUUAAUGGGAGGUUAUCUAUGACAAGAAGUCUGGGUGACAUUGAAUUAAAGAAAUAUGGAGUCACUGCACAUCCUUACCUAACAACCAAAACUCUGAAACAUGGUAAAGAUGCCUUUCUAGUCCUGACGACUGAUGGUGUAAACUUUGUAUUGAACGAUCAGGAACUUAUUGAUAUUAUAUGUUGCUGUUCAACUCCUCAAGAAGCAGCAUCAUUCGUCACCGAUCAAGCAUUACAUUUUGGUUCAGAGGAUAAUUCAACUGCCAUAGUUAUCCCCCUUGGUGCAUGGGGAAAAUAUAGAACAACACUUCGAGCUAUUCCAUACAGCUUCGGAAGGAAUUUAGUGCGAGGACGAUAUUCGUAGCUUGUGAUGAUUUGAAAAAUUCUUUUUGUUAUUCCAUACAGCUUUGGGAGAAACUUGGUGUGAGGAAAAUAGUCAUAACUUGUGAAGAACAUCAUCUAAACAGAAACAAUUGAUCCCCUCUGCUGCUUUAUCAAACAAUUUAAAAGGGCAUUAUAUUUUAAAGUCUGGUUGGUUGUCAUUAUGUCUGUUUGUCCAUCUUUGAUUAGGUUUAAGAUUUAAUUUAGGAUAGUUAACCAUGAAGGUCACAGUAAUUUGAUACUCAAAAUUACAUGUUUAUUUAUUUGUGAAUUUUUAAAAAAUACAUUUUGUAUGCCAAUUAGGGUUUUGAUCCUGAUUUCACAGUUCACUAAAGCUGGAAAUUUGACAUAUAUAUGGUCUUGUUGGUUGUUGGUGCAUAAUUUUGUGAUGUUUAUAUAUUUUUUAUUUGUUUCAAUA